AUGGAGUGGUUAACGAGCGUUGAGGGUCUGAAUGUCCGUCAGGAGCUGGAGAAGUCCGUUCGUGAGCACCACCCUUACUUGCGUGAUGAGGAGGUCGACCUCAUUGUGGACGGCCGUCUACUAUGCAUGGUUCGAGAGCGCGCGGUGGAGAAAGCACCUACGAGUGGCCAGCAAGGAAAAACCGGUGAAGGAGGAGCUGUGCACGAGGGUCCAAGUGCUGUGGGCGUUGGCGGAGGAGCUCUUGCACCGACCAUUGACACGGGAAUGAUCGGGGCGAGCUACGGCCAAUUCAAGUUUGGAGUAGAGCACAUCUCCGUGACGCCGCUGCUGGAGGGAAGGCACGAUCUUACCGCGUGGGUCAGCGCGAUCCGACCUCAGCACCAGUGUGCUGAUUUGUGGCAGUUUUGCAACGGGACAGCACCAAGCCCGGCCCCGAACAACCCCUUGCAACGAAGGGAGUACGCAAAGGGCCAAAUGCUUGCAUUCAUGGUGCUCAACCGAUGUGUUUCUCCAUCCAUCCGAAUGUCCAUCUCUGGUUUCUCUCAGCAAGAGAAAGCUGGGCAGCUAGCAUGGGCAUAUAUCCUAUCUACUUAUAAAGUUCGUGAUGCCCUCCACGCUUCCCUACUUCAGACCCAGUUAGCCCAACUCAGGAAGGGAGACGAUGAGACAGCGGAAUCCUACUGCAAUAGGGCCCGCACCAUCCGAGCGGAGCUGCUGACCAUUAGACAGGAGGUCCACAUGGCCACGUUUGCCGCUCACGUGCUGAAGGGCCUGCCACCGGAGUAUGGAUUUUUUCGCGAAAUUUCCAGCCCUGACAUGACGGUGGAACGCGUGUGCAGCGAGGUGUUGAUGGAGGAGCAGACUCUCUCUAUCGAACAGACUUACAAGCAGAUCACCAGCGAUGUAUCGGCUUUCUCGGGCGCUGUCAACACCAUCGUGGCUACAACGGGGGUCAACGGGAAGGAACAAAAACGGGGAAGGGAGCAGACGGACAAGAAGAAGGAUGGCAAGCGGGAGAAGAAGCGAGCCACCUGCAAGGGGCGCUGCUACAACUGCAAUGAGGAGGGGCACAUGGCUGCCAAGUGCCCCAACAAGAAGAAAGAUACAACGGCCGCGGCAGCCGCGAAUGUAGCUGAAGGAGACGGGAAGGGUGUGGCGCUCGCCGUCGCGUGUUCGGCUGCAAAGUUGCUGGCCGACGACAAGGACUUGUGGUUCCUUGACUCAGGAUGCUCCCAACACAUGACCGGCCGCAAGGAGUGGUUCACGGUGAUCCGCGACCCAUCUGCAACGAAAUCAGUCAAAGGGUUUGAUGGUUCUAUGCAAGAAGUUGCCGAUGUUGCAAGGAAUGGUGCAACGGCUGCAGCGGCAUGCAACGGCACGGCAGCAGCAGCGGCAUGCACCGAUAUGGCAGGUGGAGCGGCGAGCAACGGCACAGGGGCUGCAUCGGCAUGCAACAGCACGGCGGCUGCGAAGGCAAGCAACGGCACGGCGAAGGAGAUUGCUGAUGUGGUGUCAAGCAAGUCGGAAGCUAAAGAUGGAGCGGCCAGCCUCAGGACGUACGCGGUGGGCUCCAAGGCAACGCCCAACCUGUGGCACGCUCGCCUUGGACACAUCCACUUCGAUGCCGUGAAGCGGACAGCCACGAGCGGCGGCGUGUUCGGUAUGGACCUGGAGAAAGGAGCAGAACGGUGUGGCUGA